ACUCAGUCCUAUAUAAACUCUCUCUGCAACUUUCUCUUCCUUCUCUGUGUUUGAGAAUCCAUUUCUCUGCUCAAAUGGAUCGGUUCAGUCUUGUUCUGGUAUGGUCACUUUGCCUUUCUUUGUGCAUGUUCUCUACUCCCACAUCCGCGCAGUUGAAAACAAACUUCUACGCCAAUAUCUGCCCCAAUGUGGAAUCCAUCGUCAAAAGUGCUGUCACUAAGAAGUUCCAGCAAACGUUUGUGACUGUUCCCGCCACAAUUCGUCUCUUCUUCCACGAUUGCUUUGUCCAGGGCUGUGAUGCUUCAGUCAUAGUUGCCUCAAGUGGAAGCAACAAAGCUGAGAAAGACCACCCUGAUAAUCUGUCACUGGCCGGAGAUGGGUUCGAUACUGUGAUCAAAGCAAAAGCAGCCGUCGAUGCAGUUGCACAGUGCAGAAACAAAGUCUCUUGUGCAGAUAUUCUUGCUUUAGCCACCAGAGACGCCAUUGUUCUGUCUGGGGGGCCUUCAUAUCCAGUUGAAUUGGGAAGACUGGAUGGACUGCGCUCAACUUCAUCAAGUGUAAAUGGAAAGCUUCCCCAGCCAACCUUCAAUGUGGAUCAGCUCACUUCCAUGUUUAAAGCAAACGGGUUAGAUCAGACGGACAUGGUUGCUCUUUCAGCGGCGCACACCGUCGGAUUCUCUCAUUGCAGCAAGUUUGCUAGCCGGAUCCGGAACCGGGUUGACCCCACGAUGAGCAAAACCUACGCUGCACAAUUGCAACAACAGUGUCCGACGAACGUCGACCCUAACAUAGCCGUCAACAUGGACCCAAACACGCCCAGAACCUUUGACAAUAUGUACUACAAGAACCUUCAGCAGGGCAAAGGCUUGUUCACCUCAGAUCAGGUACUUUUCACUGAUACCAGGACCCGGUCCACUGUCAAUACGUGGGCCUCAAACAAUGCAGCUUUCCAAAAGGCCUUUAUUAAUGCCAUGACAAAAUUGGGCCGGGUCGGAGUCAAGACCGGCAGCAAUGGUAAUAUUCGACGUGAUUGUGCUGUUUUUAACUGACAGGAAUGGUGAAAAUGAAUGUUGAUUAUGAAGUGAAAGUAGGAGAUUUUACUCAUACAAUGAGGUUUUGUAAUCUCAAUAAUUUCCAAAUUAUGGAGGUGGGGGGUGUAUAUUGAAUAAUGAACAAAAGUUCAAAGUGAUAAAAUCUUGGGUGAGACAGUUUGAAAGCAAAAGUGGAUUUGAG